UAAUACUUGAAACUACAGAAAAUGCUACUUAAAUAGACAAACAGGCUAUAGAAAGACUGGAAUCAAGUUCUUUAAGGCUAUGUUUGUUAGAGAAGCUGGAAGAAUCCACCUGAAGGUAACUUAUGCUUUACUUGGAGUAAUGAGCAAGGUUCUUACAUUAUUUUAUCAGAAAAUAAUGCUGCUUAUGUGGUGAAUGGCCACCUUAUUAAAAAAAAAAAAAAAAUUAUAGGUCAAGGUAAACCAACUUUGUAAUUUUGUCUGCUAGCUUAUGCAGCUUCUUUGCACCUAACAUAGUUAAAGUUGACAAUAUACUUUCUGAACUGGGAAAUAAAUUAAAUAAGACCAUACUCGGUUUAUCUUAUACAAAUAAGAUUAUAAUUGCUUCUGUUUUUAUGGAUCCAUCAAGAAUCACCCUCCGUCCUUUCAAGCUCUCUGAUGUGGACGAUUUCUUGAAAUGGGUUAACGACGAUAGAGUAGCCAAGAAUGUAAGAUGGGAUGCCAUUACCACUAGAGAAGAAGCAGUAGCCCAUCUUGAAAAGGUAGCCAUACCACAACCAUGGCAUCAUUCCAUAUGUUUAGACGACCGAUCAAUUGGGUACAUUUCACUUUGGAAAGUUUCAGAUGAUGAUAAAAGCACAGCCAGCAUUGCAUAUGCUACAGCGGCUGAGCACUGGGGACAAGGGAUAGCCACAAUUGCAUUGAAGAUGGCCCUGUCACGUGUGUUCAUUGAAUUACCUGACUUGGUCAGGCUCAUGGCUUAUGUAUUGAAAGAGAAUAAGAGGUCUCAAAGAGUGCUAGAAAAGUUUGGUUUUGUGAAAACAGAUCUGAUAAGGAAGAUGUAUAAAGGUGAAAUGAAAGAUAUUCUUGUGUAUGGUUUCCUGUCAAAGAACAAGGAAGUUGACUACUCCAUCUGCAAACAGAACGCAAAUUGGAAGAAAGGCUAAAAAGGGGCAACUGGAGUCGAGUCCUCAUACCAGGUCUAUUCUGGGUUGUGCCUUUGGCUGUAAUGUGGUAGAAAACAGGAAUACAAAACAGUAACCUUCUGAGAAUAAAUUGCUAAGGACAUCUGAUAUGGGAUAGGUGGAGAGCAUUAGGGAGAAGGAGUAAGCACGAUUGCGUUGAAGAUGGCUCUGUCUAGAGUGUUCAACUAAAAAUGCGCCCGACUUGGUCAGAAUGGAAGCUCAAACAUUGGUAGAAAAUUUUCUUAUUCUUAGUUUUCUGUCAAGGGACAAGAUUUUGUAAUUCAUAUUUCAUAUGCUUGUGACUUGUGAGCUUUCCUCUUUUCCGUCAUGUUUUAUGUGGUUUUUGUUUCUCAAUUCUGUCUGCUAAGAAUUAAAUUUGAUGAUCAAUACAGCAGGAAAAACAUUUGCAUUA